AUGGCCGAAAAGGGAAUGAUACCAGAAAUUUACUCAUAUUGCGAUUUUGAAUUAAUAACAAAAAAAAAUCAAAUAUAUCAAGAUUUCAAAGAAAUAAUCAAUAAAAAAAAAAUUCCUUGGUCAAAUCCUAAACUAAAUUUAUGUUCAUUACCUACAGAAAUUCUUUUGAAAAUUUUAUAUGAAUUAAUUUUGUUGGAAAAAUUAAACCCUCCGAAAACCGCAGUGAUUUUUUUACCUUUAGUAUGUAAAUUAUUUUAUAAGUUAUCACAUGAUACAGUUAUAUGGGAACAGGUUUUUAUAAAUGAUUACGAUGUCGACGCAAGAAAAAGAAGAUUUAAUUUUUGUAAUUUCAGAAAAAUUUUUUAUCGUAGAUCAAACUUAAAUAUUGAAAAAAUGUAUUCUAGUGUACAAACGUUGGAAAAUUUUUAUCUUGAUGAUUUAUCUCCAAGUGAGUCAGUUUUAGACAAUAUAUUAGAUGAGUUAACGUGCUUGUGGGUUCUUGUAUCAGAGAAUGAUGGAAAGAAUUUAAAAAAGCUUACCGAAUUGGAAGCACCAGAAUUCUGUUGUAGGGUUUUCAAUUUAUUAUUUGCAGACAUGGAUUCUUCUUUGAAACAUUUGGCUUGUGUAUUUAUUUCUUUAAAGAUUAUUUCUAUGAUGUUGGCUUAUGGUGUAAAGUCAUAUUCAUCCAUUGUUAAAACUAUGGUGGACAAAUUACGUGAGCGAAUAUUAAAUUGGGAUCCUACAAAAGAUGCAGUAUUUCCUAUGUUGGAUUGUCAUGCCCUCCAUAUCUAUUUAGCUUGUGGAGCUCGUGAUGAUUAUAAAAUUCUUCCAGAAUCUUUAAUUUUUGAUGCAAGAAAAUCGGAUAAAUGGUUACAAUGGACGGAUAUGGUUGAUGUAUAUUCAUCGAAUAAGAUAUUAUGGUGUCUUAGAAAUGAUGGAUAUGAUUGGCCUUUUUGUCCUCCAAACCGAUGGAAAGGAUUAUGCAUAGAUCCUACACUUACAGUAGUUGAAAAAAUAUUAAAAAUGGAUUUAACGUUCACUGAAGUUGAAAUUGAUAAAGGAGACGGUGAUGCUUUCAGUGAUUAUUUAGAUGAUGAUGAAGGGACUUAUCAGGAUAAUUCCUUACAUUACAAUUUGGAAGGCGUAUUGACUGAUGAUAUGGGUACGAGUUAUUAUACGGAAGGUGAAUCAUUUCCAGUAGAUAAAGGUCGUAGGGUGAAUUUCGUAUAUAAAGAUAAUAAAGAUGAUAAUGUUUUGGUGAAAUUUUGUGGAUUUAUGACUGCAUAUGGGAUUAUUGGAAGAUAUUGGAAGUCCGGAGAAACUGAAUGCGAACGGCCAAUUACUGAGUAUAAUUGGUGUCAUGAUUGUAGUGCGAGACAUUUUCAACAAAAUUUCAACAAUUGGACAAGUGGUAAUGGUAAUAUUGAUAAAUUUAUUCAAGAUACUCAGUUAUCAGCAGUUUGGUAUAAUAAAUUAUUAGAGUGGAUACCUUUUGAUAGAUUUAACAAUAUUGAACAUAUUGGCAAAGGCGGAUUUGGUGAUGUGUAUAAAGCGAAAUGGAUUGAUGGACGUAUAUGGAAUUGGGAUAACAAAAAUCAGAAUUGGAAUAGACUUUAUCAGGAUGAAUUUGUCUCCUUGAAAAGUUUAAAUAAUUCAGAAAAUAUUACAUUAGAAUAUAUUAAAGAGAUUGCAUCACAUCAUAAAAUAAAUGAAGCUUUUAUCAUUGAAAUCUAUGGAAUAACUCAACAUCCGGAAACAAAAAAUUAUAUGAUUGUUUUACAAUAUGCAGAACAUAGAAGUUUACGAAAUUAUUUAAACCAGAAUUACAAAAAGUUGACUUGGGCAGAAAAGAUUUAUAUAUUACAUAAUAUUGCGAAUGGACUUGAUCAAAUUCAUAGAAAUGGAUUAAUUCAUCGAAAUUUACAUACUGGCAAUAUAUUAAGGUUUAAAUAUGGAACUUCUAUAACUGAUAUAGGAUUAUGUAAGCCUGCAGAUUAUAACAAUACAUUAGAAAAUAAGGUAUAUGGUGUUUUACCUUACGUGGCUCCGGAAAUUUUACGAGGGCAAAAUUAUACCAAAGCUUCUGAUAUUUAUAGUUUUGGUAUAAUUAUGUAUGAAAUAAUUUCUGGAUUAUCCCCAUAUCAUGAUAUAAGCCAUGACAAAAAUUUAGCAAUAAAAGUUUGUCAAGGGUUUAGACCAAGAUUUAACAUUAAAGUACCUCAAUUAAUUUUGCAUUUAAUUAAACAAUGUUUGGAUGCAGACCCUCUGAUUAGACCAACUGCUGAUGAAAUAUGGAAUACUUUAUUGCAAUGGUAUGAUAAUAUUCAAGAGCAAGAUGAUACAGGAAUAUAUAAACAAAUAGAAGAAAUUAAUAAUAAUUUAUCAACUAAUGAUAUACCUUCAAAACAUUAUGAAGCAAUUUAUACGAGUAGAUUACUUAAUUUUGAUAAUCUUCCUGAACCAAAAAAUCCUGAUAAAUAUUAA